GAAUGCAAGAAAGCUCACAAUUUGUCUGUGGGAGAUAAAACCCAUAUGGAUAGCUCUUCUAGCCCACAAGAAUAAUUAUAUGUAUAUGUAUAGGAUAAAAGCCCGUAUAGGAGGAAUCGUCCUUCUUCGAAGGCCUCACAUACCUGUCCAGGACUCCCAUUCUUUACACUUCACCAGUCCAAGAAAGCUCAGAGUGCGUCUUCCUAUCAUUUGUUAUCGCAAAACACAGACACACAGUGAGUGAGAUCAGAAAGCAAAAUGGUUGGCCCUGGUCGACCAGAAUUUGUCCUGUUCGGGUCGUCCAUAGUGCAGAUGUCAUUCUGCGAUGGGGGCUGGGGAUCUCUCCUCACUGACCUCUAUCACAGGAAGGCAGACAUAGUAUUACGAGGAUAUUCUGGAUGGAAUUCGAGAAACGCUCUUGAGGUUUUGAAUCAGAUUUUCCCACAGGAUGCAGCUGACCAGCCAUCUCUGGUUAUCGUAUAUUUUGGUGGCAAUGAUGCAAUGCAACCUCACCCAAGUGGCCUAGGCCCUCAUGUUCCUCUUCCUGAAUAUCUUGAAAACAUGAAAAAGAUUGCUCUUCAUCUCAGGAGUCUUUCGGAGAAGACCAGGGUAGUUUUUCUUACCUCUCCUCCUGUAGAUGAGGCAAUGAUUCGCCAAUGUUUCGGCAACGCAUUUGAUAAGCAAGAACGCACAAAUGAGUCCUGCCGUAUUUAUUCUGAUGCUUUGGUUGACAUGUGCAAACAAUUGGAUGUAAAAGUCAUCAAUGUUUGGAAAGCAUUCCAGCAUAGAGAUGAUUGGGCAGAAGCUUACUUAGCGGACGGAAUCCAUUUAACCUCCGGCGGGAGUAGAGUGGUAUUGAAGGAGAUAUUGAAGGUACUUAAAGAGGCAGAAUGGGAACCAAGCUUGCAUUGGAUGUCAAUGCCAGCUGAAUUUUCAGAGGAUUCACCAUAUUUCCCAGUUGGGCCGGACGGCAAAACUACCAUUAAUGUCUCUGAUAUUAUUUCUCAAUGGAAAACCGAGUGGAUGGAUGACAAAGAAAUUGAAGCCUUCACCUCAAAGUCUUCAGUUUCCAUCCCCUUUUGAACUCAGAAUUCGAGUUUCUUCUGAUUGAUUCUUGAAUCUUGAUUGAUGAUAUAGGCUAUUGGGCAUUGAUGUUCAGAGUUGAUCAGUAUAUUGAUUCCAAAUGCUUCAUAUUUUGGCCCAAACUUUCAUUGAUAUACUUGUAAGAACCUCUGAUUUGGAGGGUCAUAUACGCUUCUGAAACAGUGGAAAUAAAGUUCUUUUGUUCUGAAUUUAAA